UGGACCGCCUCUCCGUCCAGCUCUAGUAGACGGAGAUUCUCGUAUUUUUUGUGUGUGUUUUGUGUUUAUUUGUUUGUUUGUUUAUUUUAGCUGUUUAUUUCCUCCUUGGUGACUUGAAUAUGUACGGACAGCAAUGUUAGCGUUUGGUUUAAAAGGUGAGCCCGUGGAAGCGAGCCGUUACUCCAACGCUUCGUCGCCUAACGGAAAAUGGAUCCAAAGAAAGCUAGCUAGCUAUGGCAAAGUUUGUGUGUGGUGCAGGAGAUAGGUGUGUGUGUAGAGUUGUGAAGUAACGUGCCAAAGUCUGAACCUGUCAGAAGAUUUGGACAGCCAGAAUAGCAAGAGCUUUGUGGUCUCUAUUAUUGUUUUCUGUUAAGUCUGAGACGAGACAUUUUUUUUAAAACAACAACAACAACAACAGCACCACACAGCUGUAACGUUUGUAACGGACGCGUUCAGUGUUUGUGACUGACCAGCUGAGCUUCACGUGUGAAACAUGACGCCGUGAGCACAGAGCCUCUCUGGUCUGGGCAGCUUCUCUGAGCUGCUGCUUCAUUUCUAGCUUUUGCGUGGCACACUACUCUUGUUUUGCAAGCUGCUCCGACUGUUUUGAUCCAGGAAAUCCUGAUUACAACCGAGACAGCAGGCUCAUUUUAAUUUAAAGGCAGCGAGUUGCUUAAACUGGACUGAUAACUUACAGGAGCUCUGCCUCUUUAUUAUUAUUUUUAAAUCAGUGGAUCCAAAUAGGAAAAAAUAGUAACACACUUUUCAACACAUCAGGAUCUGAAUGACCAAAUGUUCUCUAAGGUGAUUUGAAAGCUUUGCUGCAUCCACUUCAUGUGCACAUUUUGAGGGACUUGAAGACCUGAGGUUUCUGUGACCUCCACCCUCUCUGAUGGAGCUGUGCCUGGCCUGCUUGCCGCUUGUCACGCUGCUGACCCUCCUGACCUCCGAGGUCACACCGUCCCUUGCCCAAAAGGUUUACACAAACACAUGGGCCGUCCAUAUCCCCGGAGGAGAGGAGGAAGCCAACCGCAUUGCCCGAAAGCACGGUUUCAUUAACCACGGCAAUAUAUUUGGAGAAUACUACCAUUUCCGGCACCGCAGGGUGGUGAAAAGGUCUUUAUCUCAACACAGAGGAACACACAUUCGCCUGCACAGAGAACCCCAGGUAAAAUGGGCAGAGCAGCAAGUGGUGAAACAGAGGAAGAAGAGGGACAUUUACUCCGAGCCAGCUGAUCCCAAGUUUGCACAGCAGUGGUACCUGUACAAUAGCAACCACCAUGACCUCAAUGUGAAGGAAGCCUGGAAGCAGGGUGUUACAGGACAGGGUGUGGUGGUGUCCAUAUUGGAUGACGGAAUCGAGAAGAACCAUCCAGACCUCGAGCGUAAUUAUGAUCCUGAUGCCAGCUAUGAUGUGAAUGAUGGAGAUCCAGACCCUCAGCCUCGAUAUACCCAGCUCAACGAUAACAGACAUGGCACACGAUGUGCUGGAGAGGUAGCUGCUGUUGCCAACAAUGACAUCUGUGGUGUUGGUGUGGCCUACAAUGCCAAGAUUGGAGGUGUGAGGAUGUUGGAUGGAGAGGUGACCGAUGUGGUGGAGGCUCAAUCUCUCAGCCUCAACCCUCAGCAUAUAGACAUCUACAGCGCUAGCUGGGGGCCAGAGGAUGACGGCAAAACAGUGGAUGGCCCUGCCAAGCUCGCAAAGGAGGCUUUUUUACGAGGAGUAACUGAGGGUCGAGGUGGGCUGGGCUCCAUCUUUGUGUGGGCAUCCGGUAACGGUGGCCGGGAAAAAGACAGCUGCAACUGUGACGGCUACACAAACAGCAUCUACACACUCUCAAUCAGCAGUAGCACACAGUACGGCAACGUGCCAUGGUACAGCGAGGCCUGCUCCUCCACCCUUGCCACUACCUACAGCAGUGGAGGACUCAACGAGAAACAGAUUAUCACUACAGACCUGAGACAGAAAUGUACAGACUCCCACACAGGCACCUCAGCUUCAGCUCCUCUGGCUGCAGGCAUCAUAGCCCUCGCCCUGGAAGCCAAUAAAAACCUGACAUGGAGGGACAUGCAGCACCUGGUUGUGAGGACAUCUAACCCAACUCACCUGAUCACUAACGACUGGAAGACCAAUGGGGUUGGACGCAAAGUAAGCCAUUCGUAUGGCUAUGGUCUGCUGGAUGCUGCUGCCAUCGUGGCCCAGGCUAAGAACUGGACCAAUGUAGGCCCUCAGCAGAAGUGCAUCAUCUCCAUGGUGUCUGAGUCCAGGAACAUUGGGAGCCACCUGGUGAUCACCAAGGGUGUAGACGCGUGCUCAGGCAAGCCCAAUUUUGUGAGCUCUCUGGAACAUGUCCAAGCCCAGCUCACACUGUCCUACAACCGUCGUGGAAACCUGGCCAUCUACCUGAUCAGCCCACAGGGCACCCGUUCAACUCUGCUCGCCCCCAGACCCCAUGACUACUCCUCUGAAGGCUUCAACGACUGGGCCUUUAUGAGCACCCACUCAUGGGAUGAAGACCCUCGGGGCGAGUGGACUCUGGAAAUUGAGAAUGUGGCCUCAACCAGUGACUAUGGCACUCUGACUCAGUUCACGCUGGUUCUCUAUGGCACUGCGUCCACAUCCGCUGGCUUGUCCGCACCAGACUCCAUCCAACUCCCUGAAGAUGGCUGUAAAACCUAUGACCUCAGUCAGAUUUGCACAGAGUGCAACCCCGGGUUCUACAUGUACCAGCAGGGUUGUGUACGUGUGUGUCCUGCAGGCUUCACGUCAGUCUCCAACUCUGAGCUUUGGUCCCAGAAUGAGGUGGCUCCUGUCCUGCAUCCGGCCUGCAUGCCCUGCCAUGAGCUCUGCCUUACCUGCAGUGGCACAGGGCCAAAAGACUGCCUCUCAUGCCCACCUCAUAGCCACCUGGACACACUCACUGGCACCUGCCAGCACCAGAACCAGAUUCAGCGUGAAUCACCCGAUGCUGGGUUGUUCCCAUCUCGUGGCAGCGCCUCUUCUAGUAUUCUGAAUCUAGAGAUCUCGUCCAGUCUACCCGCCACUGUGGCAGUGCUCUGCUGUGCCUUUAUCGCAGCCACCUUUGUAGUGGUGUUUGGCCUGCUCCAGUUCCGCUCGUAUAGCCUCACUAAAGUGUGCAGUUCUGAAGCCAGCGUGGGCUCCGUAAUGCGUGCCAGCUUCGGCCUGGGCAUGGCACGCAGUGGCGUCAUUUCCUACAAGGGUAUCCCAAGCGUGUGGAACGAAGACGGGGGCAACUCAGAGUCCGAGAAUGACGAGUUUGACAUCCACAAUGAGAGAACUGCCUUCAUCAAAACACAAAGUGCUCUUUAACCCUUUCCCACACACUUUUGCUAUCUUUCCUCUCCUCAACUAUUUUCUUUCUUUUUCUUUUUGAAAAUAUGGUCUUUCACAGGCUUGUCUCCCCUCUUUUUCUUUGGGUUUGAUCCAGCUGUUUAUUUAUUAUUUCUUUUUUUCCCCCAUAGUGGUGAGCUUGUAAUGUCAGGGCCUCACUGAACACACCUUUUCGUGCUCACCUGGCCUCAGUGCCUCUAAAGGAAAGCCUCCAUGGCUGAUUGGCUGGAAGAUGACACAAAAAAAAUUGAUUGUCCCAGGCUUGCCAGCAGGACUGUCCAAAAACACAAUAAACACAAUGAUUGUCAUUUAGUCUCUUCCUCUUCUUUCCAGUCCCACCACAUGUUGCUGAAUGAGCUCUAAGGAAGAAAUCCUAUUAUUGUGUGUACCAGAAGUGUCCAGGCUGACCAACUAGUCUGAUUCUUAAUCACAGAUGAUUCGUUUAGUGUGAAAGGAAUCAUUGUGAAUCUUAUUCUUAUGCUGGGGGCCUUUUUAAAAGACAGUGCAUAUUUUUUUCAUGUUCUCUUGGGAGUUAUUGAGGCUAGCAUGUUUUCAUUUUCAGUGCAUACACAGAUUCACAAUGCAGACCCCAAGAAUAAUUCUCCUACAGAGAAUUUCAAAUGCUGAGUUCAUUGUUUUUCUUUCUUUCUCUUGAAGGCAGUUUACACUGCUGUAACCUCAUGCUCUCUUUCUGACUCCCUGGAGUUAGUUUUGCAGCACUGCUCUGAGAUGAACUCCAUUUGAGGCCUUGGGAGAAACUCUAGCAGGGCUUCUCAGGAUUGCGCUGACAAACCCUGAGAAGUGAUAAGGCAGUUUAACUUCCUUCCAAUGUUAGUUUCAUUUGUCUUUAUAUUAUAUGUGGACAUGGUAAGUUCUAUUUUGGCAGUAAGAGAGUGACUUUUUGCGAAUGAAACUACAAGGGCUCAAGUGAACACUUCAAUGCAGCUAUUGUGUGAGGCAGGGAAUCGGAGUAGAUUAUUCUAGAUUAAUCUGGUUGGAGAAAUAAUUAAAUCGAGCAUCAGGUUAUUUCAGUUUGUCUUGAAUGAUGUAGUUACUCAAACCCAGUAAUGGUUUGGCCUAAUUCGGUUAUAUUAUCUUAUGGUUUUAUAGAGAUGUUGUGAGCUGGGUUUUAAACUUUUUUUUUUUUUUUUUUCCCUCAAAUAAUAAAAGUAGAGAUUGCCUGUGUGUGUGGAAGACUGUUGGGUCAUGGAUGGAUCUUUGAUAUUCCACACUCGUCUUCAUAUUCUGUAAUUGUAGCAGUAAUAGCAGAUGCCAUUUUUACCAUUUUUAACAUCAGUCUUUUCCAAUGUCUUCUAGUAACAACAGAAAAUCCCCUCCAGGAUUGCUUUUUAAAGGUGUGUUGUUUAAGACUUGGUGGUGUUUCAGUAUGGAUAAGUUAAAAUCCGGCUUCUUCCACAAGUGUGCUGUGGACAAUUGUACCGUAUCAAAUUCAUGGGGCUGCAUUGUUUUUUAAAUAGCCUUCACUUCAGACUCAGACUCUAGCAUAUUAAAUGAUCAUCACAUCAAAAGCAUUAGUAAUUAAUUUCUGUCAGUUUUCUUUUUUGUUUCCCCUUCUGACUGUACGUGUGUUUGACUUUAAUUAUAGAGCUAUUGUUAAGAGCAAUAGGAUGUUUCUCCAAGUCCUUAUCUACUCAGUUAAAUAUCUUUAUUAUUUUUAGUAAGUAUUCUUUUAGGGAAUAUGACCUUCAGUACUUUCAAAUCUUCAUUAACUAAAUCCUGCCUUGGAGAUUUAUAAUUUACUGAAACUUUAAUAUUGUUUACUUGUUCUUUCUUUUAAUUACCUCCAAAAUGUUUUUCUUUGACAUUUUUUUUCUCUCUGUUAGGAGUACACCUUAUUUCCCUUUUCCAAGUUUAUUGUAAAUGACAUAUGUAUAUAUUCACAUUUUCUUUUGUUUUCUUUUAUAUUUAAUUCCCCUUUUUUUCCUUUGCUUUGCAUUAGUCUGUUCUGUCCAGCUUAAUUUAACAAAUAUACACAGUGCAUUAAUUUAUAGGAAUCACAACAUCACAGAGUGCACUAAGAAGGACCAGUAUGCAUCUAAGGAACACUAAUUUUAAUUCAAAAUUUUUAAUGUUAAGGAAAAAAUGGAAAUUUACAUGCAUAUAGAUCUAUCUCUAUAGAAUUACUUCAUGACAUAUUUAAGUGACUAGAAUUUGAUUAAUUACUUCAUGGAAUUUAGUGAAGAACUGAAUCAAAGAUGGAGUUGGUUUUUUUUUGCCAUUCUUAAUAAUGUUAAUUUUAAUUUUAAGCCCUCUGAGAUUAAAGAUUUGAUGGACCUCAUUCUACAUUCACACUAGCAAGUAACAAAACAACAGGGGACCUCAUUUCCUUUAAAGAGCCAUUUCAUGAUAAGUGCAGCAUGGUGACAUGCCUUCAUUUAUGUCAUUGGGUUAUAAAAUGGUGGAAUCCCAGUAAAUUAAUCAGGUUUUCCUACUCUCGUCUUAAUUUUGUAUCUGCAUUUGGUUCCAAUUUUGUUGCACAAAAGCAAUAAUGAUAGCAUUGAACAUUUAAAUACUUUUAAGAUAAAUUUCACAUGGUAUACAUGGUGUAUAUGAAUUGCACAGUUGUCUGUGUGUGUUUUGGCUAAGAUCAUUUGUUAUCAGAACUACAAGCAGUAAUGGUGGCAGUCACUGCACUCCACAAGAUACAGUGACAUCAGCAACUUGUCGCUUGCUAGUGUGAAGUAGUUUGAGUUGUGCCUCCAUGUUCAUUUUCUCUAUUAUUAUCCUAGUAAGUGUUGAAAUGGUGAACUCAGCUGGACGUAACGUCUUCGGCUGUGUUGCUCAAAUAAUGAGAAGGUCCGACGUCAAACUAGCAGCAUGACGUAUUCUUAUGAAGGUCGUCUUAUUAAAACACAAGCAUUAAGCACCUACAGAGUCCUGCAGGAUUAUUGGGCUUUGUGGAAGGCGUGACCAAAGACAGGAACGUGAAACAUGUGCAUGCUACACAGGCGAGUAAAACUGCAGGAUGGACUCGCUUGAUAGAUAGGGAUAAUUUUCAUUCUAGAUUUUAAGAUGGAUGUGAUUUUUGCCAUGUUUUGCAAGGUAUAUCAGAUUCAGUAGUGUCUCUCUCUCUCUCUCUCUCUCUCUCUCUCUCUCUCUGUCUCUCUCUGUCUCUCUCUCACACACACCCACACACACUGAACCUGUUUACCACCAUGCACUUCUUCUGUGCCCAGCUUGAAUUGUCAGUAAGUCCUGUUGUUGAAAGACUUUAGUAUAUAUCUGAGACAGAACAACUACAUUAAUAUAAAAUAGACCUAUUUUUGUGCAUUGUCAUAUUCAUGUAAUUUAAAGAUUUUUGCCUUUUAAAUUUUUUUUCUCCUUUUUAUUUAAUUGAUGUCAAUAUAUGAAUUAUAGAUUUAUGAAAAAUAAAGAUCUAUGCAAAGUUA